AGCAAAGGGAAAAAUAUGGAGAAUAGAGAAAACCCUAACCCUAAUAUAUCCGAUGAUCUUUUGUUCACUAACAUCCUCCCAAGACUACCACCAAAAUCACUGAUCCGAUUCAAAACCGUUUCUAAACAAUGGCGAUCCAUAAUCUCAAACCCUAAUUUCAUCGAAUCGAAUCUUCAACUAUCGAAAACAAAUCAUCAAAACAGUGGGAUCUUGGUCCGAUCUUUAUCCAAGUCUUCAACAACAGAAGGGGUACUAACCCUAACCUCCCUAUCUUUCGAUGAUUUCACCACAAAAGACUUUAAUUUCGACAUGUCGAAAAUCGUACAUCGUUAUCGAGAUGACCACACACUUUUUGUUCUUGGUUGUUGCAAUGGAUUACUCUGUUUCUGGCUAAGUGCUCGUAUAAUCUGUGUUUGGAACCCGAUCACGAACGAAUACCGAAGACUUCCUAACCCACCCGUGGUAUACUCUCAUCCCGGGCAGUGUCUUUCCGGGUUCGGGUACGUCCCUUCGUUAGACGACUAUAAGCUAGUAUUGUUAGAGUUCAUCAAUGUCGAUGAUGGAAAUAACUUGAUCCGGGUUUAUUCUUACACGUUGAGGUGUAACGAGUGGGAGCUCAUUCGGGUUGUUGAUGAUAUGUUUGAUUCGCCUUUCCCGGAUAAUCCGUUAUACAACUACUUUUGUCCCCAAUCCGGGGUCAUUUUACCCAAUUCGAAGUCACAUUGGGUCGCCAGACAAAACUACAAAACCCGAGACUGUAACUUGAUAUUAGCUUUCGAUUUGGUGACGGACACAUUUAACACCGUAAAGGUGCCCGAAGAACUCUUGUUACAGAGUGGAGAACCAUCGAUGAAAAGGUUUCUUUAUUGUUUGAGUAAUAUCGAUGAUAAGCUAUGUAUUGCUGCACAUGGUAUUCGUUUAGGGGACUGUACUGAUUCCCUACAAGUGUGGAAGCUCGAACGGUACGGAGAUUCGAGUUCUUGGAACAAGUUUUUAUGGAUUAAUGGUAUUGAAAGCCUUAAAAGUUUAUGUAGCUUUCUUACUUCGUAUAUGUCUAGGGAUGGUUUGACAUAUUUGAUGUAUUCGAACACGAAGACAGGCAUAUAUAGUUUUGGAGGUGAACUCUGCGCAGAGUACUUACUAUUCACAGUUCCGUAUGUUGAAAGUCUUAUUUCACCUUUUAUGACAGCGGAAAAAGGUCUGUUUAGCUAGGAGAUGUUCCAUAUUUCACUAGUUUUCUAUGCACGCCGAGCGUUUUUUUAAUUUAAAAGAAUACGAUAUCAUGUCUAAUUGGUUAAAUAUUUGCCCUUUUUAUUGAUUAAUCUUCCUAGUUUUUAAUGUAUAACUUGUUGAUUUUGAUAAUAUCUUUUAAAUUGAAUUCCUUUGUAAGUUGUAUU